AUGGCCGGCUCAAUCAACAAACCAAAGAAGCCCACGUCCAAGCGCGGCACCUCCCGCCUUCGGCACAAGAUCGAAAAGAAGUCCGCCGCCAAGCAGCGCAAGCAGCGCAAGCUCGCGAAGCAGAACCCAGAAUGGCGCACCAAGCUCAAGAAGGACCCCGGCAUCCCGAAUCUGUUCCCCUACAAGGAGAAGCUGCUCGAGGAGAUGGAGGAGAAGCGCAUGCGCAGGGCCGCCGAACUCCAGAAGAAGCGGGAGAUGGCCAAGGCUGCCAAGACGGGCACCUCGCAACAGCAGGACGACGAGGAUGUCAUGGCCGACGCUGACGCCGCCGAGGCCGACCAAUUGAUCGACGGAGACGACGAUGACGACAUGGACGAGGAUAUUGACGAGUCCAACCCGAUGGCUGCCCUGCUCGCCAGCGCGAGGGCCGCCGCCGCGCAGUACGACCGCGACCUUGCCGACAGCGAUGGCAUGGACGAGGACGACGAGAGCGACGAUUCAGAGGAUGGCGGUGUUAACGAAGUGUCGGUCGGUCAGGCAUCGUCGCGCAAGACGUACGACAAGGUCUUCAAGCAGGUCAUCGAGCAGGCAGACGUGGUCCUCUACGUCCUUGACGCGCGCGACCCUGAAGGCACCCGUUCCCGCGAGGUUGAGCGUAGCAUCAUGGCCGCCGCCGCCGGUGGCAAGCGCCUCAUCCUGGUCCUCAACAAGGUCGAUCUGAUCCCCCCCAAGGUCCUGCGCGACUGGCUCAUCUACCUGCGCCGCUACUUCCCCACCCUGCCUCUGCGGGCCUCAGGCGGCGCCCCCAACGCCCACACCUUCAACCACCGAGACCUCACGCAGCAGAGCACCUCGGCGACCCUCUUCAAGGCCCUCAAGAGCUUUGCCGCCAGCCGCCAGCUCAAGCGCGCCGUGUCCGUCGGCGUCAUCGGCUACCCCAACGUCGGCAAGAGUUCCGUCAUCAACGCACUCCUGGGUCGCAUGAGCGGCAAGGGAAGCAGCUCCUCCAAGGCCUGCCCUGCCGGCGCCGAGGCGGGCGUCACGACCAGUAUCCGCGCCGUCAAGAUCGACAGCAAGCUGACUCUCCUCGACUCCCCCGGUGUCGUCUUCCCGUCGUCCUCGUCCACCCAGUCUGGCGGCCUCGUGUCCCUCAAGAACGCCACCGAGGCCCACGCCCACCUCAUCCUGCUCAACGCCGUGCCGCCCAAGCAGAUAGACGACCCCGUCCCCGCCGUCACCCUCCUCCUCCGCCGCCUCUCCACCACCCCCGAGCUUAUCCAGAAGCUCACCGACGUCUACGACAUCCCCGCCCUGCUCCCCAACCGCGCCGACGGCGACCUCACCACCGACUUCCUCGUCCAGGUCGCGCGCAAGCGAGGCCGCCUCGGCCGCGGCGGCGUCCCCAACAUCAACGCCGCCGCCAUGACCGUCGUCACCGACUGGCGCGACGGCCGCAUCCAGGGCUGGGUCGAGCCGCCCACCCUGCCCGUAGAGUCUGCCGGCGCCUCCACCGCCGCCAAGUCGGCCAUCAAGAACGCCGGCGAGGACGCCGUCGCGCCCGACCAGAAGGAGAUUGUCACCGAGUGGGCCGCCGAGUUUAAGCUUGAGGGCCUGUGGGGAGACGGCGGCAGCGCCGACGACGUCGAUGUCAUGGAGCAAUAG